CGUCAUCAAACAAUCAUGGCGGACUACCGAGAGGCGCCCUUGGCUUCUCGGCCAAAAACGCUCGACCCAAAUGAGUAUUUUAAUGUCUCACUGGAUCAGCGACGUGCCGAAGAGGACAGGGCAGCGCUACGGGCGAAUCUAAAGAGGCAGUACCAGAUGCAGCUCAACAACCCGCACAGAAAAGAGCUCAUUGAAGACCCAGCGCUGACACGCUGGGUGUAUGCACGCGCCAACCCCUACUCCAACUUCAGGCCCACAUUCAAGACUUCUCUGUUGGGUGCAUUUUUUGGAGUUGUGCCUCUCUUUGUCCUCUACUACCUCUUCAAGACGGACAGGGAUAGGAAGGAAGAGCAGAUUAAGGCUGGAACCCUCAACCGAAAGUACAGUUUGUUAACAUGAGCUCUGAUGUAUCAAGACCUCCUUCGUGUGCUAGUGAUGCCUGUCUGUGUUAUUAUUAACAAAUAAAAUUAUUGUCAAAAACA